GCGCGCCGCGGCCGGCGCCACCCUUCGGGACUCUCCGGCAGAGCUCGGGGCUCAGGAGCCAAUCGGAGGAGGGUGUGCGUUCCCGCCUUGCGCCGCUAGUGCGUGCAGCCGCGGCGGCGUGCAGCUGCCCCCGGCGCCAUUACGCCGAGGGGAAGAGCGGCCGCUUUGAGGUGGUUGUGGCGGCUCCUGUGGCGGGGGCCCGGCCUGCGGGCAGUGGUGGGCUGGCUGUUGACCUUCGUGGGAACAGAGUCGUGUGGAGUUGUGACGAGAACGGGCUGUUGCGUAUUGCAGCAGUAGGAGCAGUAGUCCCUUUGCGCCCCGGUCACAGGUUGAGAAGAUGACUGGAAGAGCUAGAGCCAGAGCAAGAGGAAGACCUCCAGCACAGGAGAGUACUAUUCCUUCUGUCGGAGCUGCAUCUGUUCAGGAGACUUUGCCAAGUCAGCCAACCAGCUGUCAGCACCCCCAGCAGCCAGGGAUUCCUCCAGCGCUCUCAGAACCACUGGGUGGCCAUGGGCAACAGAGGGUCCCUCAGCGUGUUCCAGGAGACCAGGAUGGGAGAAGGCCAGAAGGAUUACAGCUUUCUGUGGGAUUUCAGAAAUUGUCUUUCGGAGAUAGGGGUGGCCGUCACAGAGAUUUCCAUGACCUUGGCAUAAAUACUCGGCAAGCCAUCGAACACGUUCAAGAAUCAAAAACUGGUUCUUCAGGUGAUAGGAUAAAAUUAACUGCAAAUUACGUCCGUUUGACGUCUCGACCCCAGUGGGCUUUAUAUCAGUACCAUGUUGGCUAUAGUCCUGAGAUGGAAGCGCGCCGUCUUCGAUCAGCUUUGCUGUUUCAGCAUGAAGAGCUAAUUGGAAAGACACAUGCGUUUGAUGGAUCGGUAUUAUUCCUGCCAAAAAAACUAGGGAAUAAGGUUACUGAAGUGUUCAGUAGGACUCGAAAUGGAGAGGGUGUGAAGAUAACAAUCACAUUGACUAAUGAGUUGCCACCUACUUCACCUACCUGUCUGCAGUUCUACAACAUCAUUUUUAGAAGGCUUUUGAAGAUGCUGAAUUUGCAGCAGAUUGGACGUAAUUAUUAUAACCCCAGUGACCCAAUCAGCAUCCCUAAUCACAGGCUGAUGGUUUGGCCGGGCUUCACAAGUUCUGUCCUGCAGUAUGAGGAAAGCAUUAUGUUAUGUACAGAUGUGAGCCAUAAGGUUCUUCGCAGUGAAACAGUGUUGGAUUUUAUGUACAGUCUGUAUUACCAGGUUGAAGAAGAGCAAAGAUUUAGAGAUGCCUGUACUAAAGAGCUGAUAGGUUUAAUUGUUCUUACAAAGUACAAUAACAGAACAUACAGAGUUGAUGACAUUGACUGGGAUGCCAGUCCACAGUGUACCUUUAGAAAAGCAGAUGGUUCUGAGAUCAGCUACGUAGACUACUACAAAAGGCAAUACAAUCAAGAAAUUACUGACUUGAACCAGCCUGUCUUGAUCAGUCAGUCUAGGAGGAAGAGAGGGACUGUGAUGCCAGUACCGGUGGUGUUAAUUCCCGAGCUGUGCUUCCUGACAGGAUUAACUGAGAAGAUGCGUAGUGAUUUUAAUAUGAUGAAAGACUUGGCUGUUCAUACACGACUGCCACCUGAGCAAAGACAAUGUGAAAUUGGAAAACUUAUUGACUGCAUCCAAAAAGAUGACAGUGUUCAGAAGGAACUCCGAGACUGGGGUUUAAGCUUUGAUUCUAAUUUACUAUCCUUUACGGGAAGAGUUGUUCAAGGAGAAAAGAUCCUUCAACCAGGAGCUGUGUUUGAUUACAAUCCUCAGUUUGCGGAUUGGUCGAAGGAGACUAGAGGAACUCCUUUAAUCUGCGCAAAGCCUCUGGACAACUGGUUAUUAGUAUACACACGGCGCAACUGUGAUGUUGCUAAUACACUACUUCAGAAUCUGUUUAAAGUCACACCAUCUAUGGGAAUCAAAAUGAACAAGGCAACCAUGAUUGAAGUAGAUGAUAGAACAGAAGCUUAUUUAAGGGCUUUACAGCAAAGUAUUACCCCCAACACAAACAUAGCAGUUUGUGUCUUGUCCAGUUCCCGAAAGGAUAAAUAUGAUGCUAUCAAGAAAUACUUAUGUACGGAUUGUCCCAUUCCAAGUCAGUGUGUGAUUGCUCGCACUUUAAGCAAGCCUCAGACUGCUAUGGCCAUAGCAACGAAAAUUGCCUUACAAAUGAACUGUAAAAUGGGUGGAGAACUUUGGAGCGUUGAGAUUCCAUUGAAACAGGUGAUGGUUGUGGGAAUUGAUUGUUACCAUGACACUUUAUCUGGAAAGCCGUCGAUUGCAGGAUUUGUUGCUAGCCUGAAUCAAACAAUGACACGGUGGUUCUCCCGCUGUGCUGUUCAAGGUCGGGGGCAAGAACUUGUGGAUGGGCUCAAAGCCUGCUUGCAAACUGCUCUAAGAGACUGGUUCAAGUGGAAUAAGUAUUUGCCCUCUCGUAUUAUUGUGUAUCGUGAUGGAGUAGGAGAUGGACAACUAAAUACUGUGGUUAAUUAUGAAGUUCCUCAAUUUUUGGAUUGCCUGAAGAGUGUUGGUAAAGACUACAAUCCGAGACUUACUGUGAUAGUUGUGAAGAAACGAGUGCAUACCAGGUUCUUCGCACAUUGUGGUGGAGCAACUAUAAACCCACCCCCUGGUACUGUUGUUGACGUGGUGGUUACCAGACCGGAGUGGUAUGAUUUCUUUAUUGUGAGCCAAGCAGUGAAAAACGGUUGUGUUGCACCCACUCAUUAUAAUGUAAUUUAUGACACUAGCAAGCUGAAACCAGAUCACGUACAACGUUUAACGUACAAGCUUUGCCACAUGUACUACAACUGGUCGGGUGUUAUCAGAGUACCUGCUCCGUGCCAGUAUGCUCAUAAACUGGCUUUCCUUGUUGGUCAGAGUAUUCACAGAGAGCCAAACCUGUUGCUUUCAGACAGACUUUACUAUCUUUGAAGCUGAGUUACCAGCUACAAAAAAUAAUGUAGUUCCUUUCUAGGGAAUGUGGAACUGUCUGGGGUUUUGGUUUUGUUUUUUCUUAAAGAGACGUGCAUGGGAGAAUGAGUAUCUGCAGUUGUGAAACACUGUCAUUGUAGCAGGAAAAAGCUAAAGUUGGCAGAUCUGCAUUUUGAAUAGGUCUCUGCUUGCUAUAAAACCUACAUAAUUUCUUACUAUUUUAUAGUACUGAUUUAUGAAAGUGUUUCUGGGAUUCUUCAUGAAAGAUUAUCAGUUCUUUUACGGGUUUGAGGUUUCACACAAUUAUUUUCAGCAUACAAGACACAUAGUUACGCGGAGCAAAAUCCAAGUUUCUCCAGUAGCACAUCACACUUUUAAUUUUCAAAAUGCAAUUGUUGCCUCCUCGGUUUUGUUAGCUGUUAAGAUAAGGACAGCAUUUUUUAUCCUGAAAUAUUUCAUAUCGCAAAAAAAGGUUGUUGGACCUUUUUUUAUCAGGCGCAGAGACACAGGCAGCGCCUAGCGAACAGUUGGGAUUAGUGCUGGUUUCUUUAACUAACUUGUUGCAAACCUUGUUCCUUUUGUUUGUGAGAUUUAAAUAAAGUGGUUGCUGUAGUCCUUGCUCACUUGAUCGUGUUAGGUGUCUUUGCUUAUAUACUUCAAGACUGGGCUCUGGGCAUAGCACCUGACAUAACACUAGUGUAUCUUUACAACCAUUUCUUACCUCUGGAAACCCCCCAGACUCGCGUUUAGAUACGCCUUUAUUCUACAGUAAACUUCAGCAGCUGACAGCUCUGAAGAAUGAGGGAGCUCUGUAACUUGUAUUCAGUUCAGUUUUUUUCCUCUCCUAGGCUGCGAAAGCAUUUCCACAUUAAAUUUGUAAUGAAGAAGGACUUGGGGGGUUAUGGCAAAUACUUUGUGCUUUCAGCUUUCCCUAUUUUGUAUUUCUUCCUGGUUACUGUCACUUACAUUAUACGUGUUCUGGCUAUUUGUUCUGAUCUGGUUGGUAUCGUUUGAGGUCAACUGAAAAGGAGCUUUUGCAGCUGCUUCCUUUCGUCAGCUAUGGAAGGGUAGGAAAUGGUCACUGUGGGCUGUUCCUUCUCCGCAUGGGUGCAGGGUCGGAGCACGCAGCUUUAGGAACGGCUCCCUGGGUGUGUAUCUUACCUGUGGUGCCUAAUCCUUUAGAAAGGGAGGGAAGGCAAACACAAUAAUCAAGCAGCUGAGACAGUAGAUCCAUGAAACAUACUGCACUCUACAAAAUAUCAAAUUAUUUAUUUAUAUAAAAUAUAAUACACAACAGUUGUACACAUGCACACACCCACACAGUACUUUACCACAACUUUAGGCCAGUUACUUAAUUAAAUGUUACCUAGCACACGGUAUCUUACAGUAAUUUACAUUAUUACCUGAAGACACAAUGGGGAAGCUUUGAUCAUUCAUCUAUAAACCUUCCGUAAAUUACAAAAAGAAAGGCAGUCUGAAAAGUAUGUAUAAACAGUAAAAACAAUUUACAAAUGGACAAGAAUUACAAAAUAGUAACACAGCCAAUGACUGCCAUCAAUGUAUUCUUUUUCUUGAGAUGCCAAUAUUGCAAUUAAUAUUUCAUUAUCACCUGUUGCAGCCUUUUUACUGGCUACAGCUUGUGUACGUUACAUGUAUCUUGAUUCUGACAUCAGCAAUAUGAAAAUGCCUUUUAACUUAGGACUGUACCUCCACAGGAAAAAAGGAGGGGGAGUAAAAGGUUUUUCAUUGUGGGUUUUUUGUGGUGUUUUUCAUUUUUUUUUUUUCCUGGUAAUUUGGAACAGUGAGCCAGGAACUCCAAAACUGGAGGCUGUGUAGUUGAAACUGGGCGAGACUCUGAUAACUUACACUGUGUCUGAUUUCAGUUGAGGAAGAAUGUUGACAAAAGAAAUCGAUACAAGGGGUUUGGUUGGGGGAGGGGAGAAGCAAAACAAAAAAACCCCCAAAAAAACCACACCAACAAAAAUAAAGCAUUUUGCACAGCACUUUCAAACUCCCAGGAGUUACAUCAGACAUUGAAUGGAGUUGGUAACAUAGUACUUGGUCUUAAAUUACCAUGUUUUAGGGAAGAUGAAGACAGUUGAAUACACAGUAACAUACGAAGUAUACGCUGUAUAUUUAUUAAACAGUACAAAUCAUUGUGCAUUAAUAAGGCAAAACAUCAAGGCUGAUUAAACUAGGAGUUUCAAGACCAUUUUUGUUUACGAUUUUAGAUGUAGGGGGGAGAUCUCUCUGAACUAGGAAUCAAUGAAUAGAGUUUUCUUCCCCCCACUGAUGGUAAAAGGAGACUAAAGGCUGAGAUUUAUCCCAUGGAGUUGCAGGUGUUGAGUUGACUUCAAAUAAAACCAUGUUUCUUCUGGUCUUAAUCCCACAAAUUUUUUUGGUUUUUUUUCUUUUUAAAGAAAAAAAUAUUUGCAACAACAAAUCCACUUCCUUUUUUCUUGCUGUUUUGAUUAAGCAAUUCACAUGAUUCUAUUGAUGUCAGAGUUAAAAAUGCAAAGGUUUGGUAAAGUUGUACUGCGUAGUCAUGAAAGCCCUAGUUUUGACGUUUUUUUU